CCACCCCGCGAUCGGCGCCCCGCUGUUUCACCCUUUUCACAUUCCAUCGGACCGGACCAUUGCCAGUUUCCUCUUUUCUACCCCUCCCUCCUCUCCUCCAUCCAUCUCACCUCACCGUACCGUACCUCACCUCCCAAUUGCCGACUACAUUCCAAAAUGGCCACCAACAUCACCUACCACGCCAGCGCCCUCACCCGCACGGAGCGCAGCUCCCUCCGGCAACAACGCGGCCUCACCAUCUGGCUCACGGGCCUUUCCGCCUCCGGCAAAUCGACUUUGGCCGUGGAACUCGAACACCAACUUCUCCGCGACCGAGGCGUGCACGCCUACCGUCUAGACGGCGACAACAUCCGGUUCGGCCUGAACAAGGAUCUCGGAUUCAGCGAAGCCGACCGGAACGAGAACAUUCGUCGCAUUGCCGAAGUGGCGAAGUUGUUCGCCGAUAGUGCCAGUAUCGCUAUCACGUCGUUUAUCUCGCCGUAUCGCAAGGAUCGCGAUACCGCGAGACAGUUGCAUGAGGUGCCGACGCCGGGUGAGGAGACUGGGUUGCCGUUCGUGGAGGUCUAUGUUGAUGUGCCGGUUGAGGUGGCGGAGCAGCGCGAUCCCAAGGGAUUGUAUAAGAAGGCGAGGGAGGGCGUGAUUAAGGAGUUUACUGGGAUUAGUGCCCCCUAUGAGGCGCCGUUGAAGCCUGAGGUGCAUAUUAAGAAUCAUGAGGUGCCGGUGCAGGAGGCCGUGAAGCAGAUUAUUCAGUAUUUGGAUGAGCAGGGGUAUUUGCCUCCUAAGAAGGAGUAGAUUAGUUUUAGAUUUAGAUAGAUGAUAGAUUUUGUUGUUGUUGUUGUUGUAUAUAUUUGGUUGAGUGCUACGAUUGGUUCAGGUGUAGAUGGAGACAAGUAUCUAUGUACGACGCUAGACAUAUCAACAGACAGGAGAAUAACCAGCAAACCAAAGCG